AAGGCGUUUAAGCGGCGGGCACGCGCAACGCUCACCGAGCGCGACUACGCUAAAGAUGAGGAGCAGCAGUGAUUAGUCCGCGGAGGAAGAAAAAAAAAAAAGGAGACGCAGGAGAGAAAGGAAAGAAGCUUGUCAUGUUAAUAUGUUAAGUGACAAGACGAAGACGUGAUAAUGGGGUUUUGCGGUGAAUUAAAAAUGGUUCUGUGUCAUGGGCCGUUUUGUCAGUUGGAAGUUCGCGCGAGGGAAAAUUUGUGAGAGGAAAGAAAAAAAAAAUCCGUUGGGAUAUUUAAACUGGGGAGUCGCGAGCGCUGCUGAUCUCACUCUCAGCUCACCGAGGAGGACGUUAACUACUGCACCGCGGAAUAAAAACAGGGAUUUUCAUUCCUUUUCUUUUAUUGUUCACUUCGAAAAGUUGUGAUGUCUUGAAGCAUUCUCUGGGCCUUUUCUGAAGCACACACACGCCGAGAGCUGAUGGGCCGCACAGCUCCAACAUGAGCAUUCGCGAUGUUGGCGGGCGGCGCCGCUGCUUCGAGGAUGCCGAGCUCUCGCUGCGCGUCUACCCCGGGGCAAUCGCCGUGGGCACCAUCUACUGCCCCAUCUUGGCCCGCAAGAGAACGACGGCCGCCGAGGUCAUCGAGCAGGUGAUCGCUCGUCUGCGGCUGGACCGCACCAAAUGCUACGUGCUGGCCGAGGUGAAGGAGUUCGGCGGCGAGGAAUGGAUCCUGAACCCGAGCGACUGCCCGGCUCAGCGCAUGAUGCUGUGGCCCCGUGCUGCGCUGGAGAACCGCUCGGGAAGCGAGGACUACCGCUUCCUGCUGCGCGAGAAGAACGUGGACGGUUCCAUCCACUACGGCAACGUGGCCAUGUGGCUGCAGUUGACGGAGGAGCGGCGGCGCAUGGUGGAGCGCGGACUGCUGCCUCCGCCACAGCUCCAGGACCACGACGACCUCUGCAAGCUGCCUGACCUGAGCGAGAAGACGCUGCUGGAGAACCUGCGCGUCCGCUUCAGGCAGGAGAAGAUCUACACGUACGUGGGCAGCAUCCUCGUCGCCAUCAACCCCUUCAAGUUCCUGCCCAUCUACAACCCCAAAUACGUCAAGAUGUACGACAACCACCAGCUCGGGAAGCUGGAGCCGCACAUCUACGCCGUGGCCGACGUGGCCUACCACGCCAUGCUGAAACGAAAGCGCAACCAGUGCAUCGUCAUCUCUGGAGAGAGCGGCUCAGGGAAGACGCAGAGCACCAACUUCCUCAUCCAUCAUCUGACGGCUCUCAGUCAGAAGGGCUUCGCUAGCGGGGUGGAGCAGAUCAUUCUCGGAGCUGGGCCAGUGCUGGAGGCCUUUGGCAACGCGAAGACCGCCCACAAUAACAACUCGAGCCGCUUCGGCAAGUUCAUCCAAGUCAACUAUCAGGAGAGCGGCACUGUCCGAGGAGCAUAUGUGGAGAAGUACCUGCUAGAGAAGUCUCGGCUUGUCUAUCAGGAGCACAAUGAAAGGAACUACCAUGUGUUUUACUACCUGCUGGCAGGAGCGAGCGAGGAGGAGAGGACGGCGUUCCACCUCCUCAAGCCUGAAGAAUACCAUUACCUCAGUCAGAUGACAAAGAAACCACAGAAACCGCACUGGGAAAGUUACUAUGAGAGCGAACUGCAGGACUGCUUCACAGUGGAAGGAGAGGAUCUGAAGCACGACUUUGAGCGUCUACAGCUGGCCAUGGAGAUGGUGGGGUUCCUGCCGGCCACACGAAAACAAAUCUUUUCUCUGCUGUCGGCCAUCCUUCAUUUAGGCAACAUCCGAUAUAAGAAGAAGACGUACCGGGAUGACUCCAUCGAUAUCUACAAUCCUGAAGUUCUGCCCAUCGUCUCGGAGCUGCUGGAGGUGAAAGAGGAGAUGUUAUUCGAAGCCCUGACGACGCGGAAGACGGUGACGGUGGGAGAAAAGCUCAUCGUGCCCUACAAACUGGCCGAGGCUGGAACUGUACGUGACUCCAUGGCUAAAUCUCUGUACAGCGCUCUGUUCGACUGGAUCGUGUUCAGAAUCAAUCACGCCCUGCUCAACAACCGUGAGCUGGAGGAGGCGACCAAGAUCUUAUCCAUCGGCGUCCUCGACAUCUUCGGCUUCGAAGACUACGAGAACAACAGCUUUGAACAGUUCUGCAUCAACUUCGCCAACGAGAGACUGCAGCAUUACUUCAACCAGCACAUCUUUAAGCUGGAGCAGGAAGAGUAUAGGGCAGAGGGCAUCACCUGGCAUAACAUAGAUUACAUCGACAACACGGGCUGCAUCAGCCUCAUCAGCAAGAAGCCCACCGCGCUGCUCCACCUACUGGACGAGGAGUGCAACUUCCCACAGGCCACCAACCAGACGUUGCUGGACAAGUUCAAGCGGCAGCACGAAGGAAACAGCUACAUCGAGUUUCCUGCCGUCAUGGAGCCGGCCUUCAUCAUCAGACACUACGCUGGAAAGGUCAAGUACGGCGUGAAGGACUUCAGGGAGAAGAACACGGACCACAUGCGGCCGGACAUCGUCGCUCUGCUGAAGAGCAGCAGAAACGCCUUCAUCGGUGGCCUGAUCGGCAUCGACCCGGUGGCUACGUUCCGCUGGGCCGUGCUGCGCGCUUACUGCAGAGCCGUGGUGGCCUUCAGGGAGGCAGGGAAAAGACACACACAGAAGAAGAGUGGGCAUGACGCUGCCGCUCCAUGUGCAGUUUUGAAAAGUGUGGAUAGUUUUAGCUUUCUGCAUCACCCUGUGCAUCAGAGAAGCUUAGAGAUCCUGCAGAGGUGCAAGGAGGAGAAGUACAGUGUGAGCAGGAGGACUCCUCGCACGCCGCUCUCGGACCUGCAGGGGAGCAACAACGAGCGCUCUAACCGGGACAGCAGGAACGGACGCUCCGGGAGACAAAGUCGACUGUCUUCCGGCAGCUCAAUCACAGACGAAGAUGGGAUCUUUAUCAACUCUACCAGCAGCAAGCUCCUGGAGAGAGCCCAUGGCAUUCUGAUGAGGAACAAAAACUACAAAAUGAAACCCAGUCUUCCGAAGCACCUGCUGGACGUGAAGUCCCUAAAGUACCUGAGCAACCUGACACUGCAUGAUCGCAUCACCAAGUCCCUGCUGCACCUCCACAAGAAGAAGAAACCUCCGAGUAUUAGUGCCCAGUUUCAGGCAUCUCUUAAUAAGCUGAUGGAGACUCUCGGGCAGUCCGAGCCCUACUUUGUGAAGUGCAUCCGCUCAAAUGCAGAGAAGCUGCCCUUGAGAUUUAACGACACUCUGGUGCUGAGGCAGCUUCGCUACACAGGCAUGCUGGAGACUGUGCGAAUCAGACAAUCAGGCUACAGCAUCAAAUAUACCUUUCAGGAGUUUGUCCGGCACUUUCAUGUGAUGCUACCUGAGGACCUACAGGCCACGCAGGAGGACAUCAGGCGCUACCUCUGCCAGGUGGACCUCGCUCCCGAUGGCUUUCAAGUGGGCCGCACGACGGUGUUCAUGCGUGAGGUGGCACGCCAGAGGCUCCAGGAUCUGCUCCAUCAGGAGGUGCUGCGGAGGAUCGUCAAUCUUCAGCGCCGUUUCCGAGCCGUUCGGGAGAGGAAGAGUUUUCUCAGGAUGAAACACGCCACCCGCCUCAUACAGGACUGGUGGCGGAGCUGCCAGGCCAAUCAAAGAGACGAGCAGCUGAAAUAUGAUGAUAAUGUCAGACAAGGAGCAGCAAUCUGCAUUCAGUCAGCUUGGAGAGGUUUCCAAGAGCGCCGCAGAUUCCUGAUCUGGAAGGAAGCAGUACUCGUAAUCCAAAGGAACUGGAGACUGUGCCACUAUAGACGCUAUAGUCAAGCUGCUGUCACGAUCCAGGCUGCCUGGAGAAGCUACAAGGCCAGAGAGCAGUACAUCCACCAUCGUCACAUCAUCGUCCUGUUCCAAGCAGGAUGUCGAGGCUAUUUGGCAAGGCAGAGGUUCAAAGAGCUGAGAGCGCAGAAGUUGAAGGACUCACAGCUGCUGAAUGGACAAAUAAGCCCCUCUCCAGAGGAAGAAAAACAAAAGAUCACGGGUCUGGAUAUGAGGGUGUGGGAGGACCGUUCUUACGAGGAGCGGGAGAGGAGCUUGCAGAUGCAAGGAGAAGAGGCAGAAGCGCAACUGCAGGAUCAGGUGGUGAUCAGAGAGAGAGCACGCCUGUUCGACGACUCCAACCUGAAAACGCGGGCCAAGAGAGAGAGCCGCCGUAUGCGGGAGUUAGAGCAGGCCAAGUUUAGCCUGGAGCUGCUUAAGGUGCGUGCAACAGGAGGAACAUCUCCUUCUGAGGACAGGCGCUGGUCUGUGGAGUUCGCCAGUGAUGGUGGCAUCUCACCUCAAGGCACUCCAGAUAGCCAAAGCUCUAAAGGCAGCUUCGAGCUGGUUAUUAUAGAUGACUACGCUAAAGACAAAGUGCCAUGUGAUGAGGCUUCGUUUUCAGUGCCACCCCAGCAUGAAGCGCUCCCCAACAGCCCCAGGAUUACAUUUCCUCCUAAACCUCUUGCACCUGCCGUUCCAUCUAACAGUCCCAAAGCCGAACCAGACAAGCUUCCUGCUUUGCCCAAACUGGAGAACGCUCUUCCUACUUUUUACGUUCCUCCAGUAGAGAGCAGCUCUAAAUUUGCAAAGUCCAGCUUAGACUCGUCCACCUCUCAGCAUCAGAGUCCAGAAAAGCCAGUGAAGGACAGGAGUGAGUCUACCCGCAGACCAGUAGUGGUAAUAAUUAGCAUGCAGAAGGAAAACCUGCUUGAUGGAGCAGAUUUGAAGCCACCAGAAGUAAGAGACAGUUCUGCUCAAACUAGCGAGCCUCCCAGCCCGGCGCAGGGUGAAAGCACCACCCGGUCCAUGCUGGAGAGACUCGAGAGGCUCAACGAGGCCAAACAGGAGCGGCAGAAGCACCAGCAGCAGCAGAACGAGAAGGAGAUGAUGGAGCAGAUCCGGCAGCAGAAGGAGAUCCUGGAGAAACAACGCAAGCACUUUGCCCAAUAUGAGAGAGAGAUGUUUGAGAAGCAGAGAGGCGAAGCCCUGCAGAGGAUUGAGCAAAGUAGGCAAGAAAGAUCCGGAAAGGUCACAGACAGAAGUCUUCCCAUAACGCAGCCAGAGCACGAUCUCACCUCCUCACUACACACCCAAGACAAACCGGAUACGCCAUCUAAAACAAGACAAAGACCAAAGGACAAGCAGAAUGUGUUGGAUGGAUGGUCCCCAAAACUCACCUCAGAGUCUCAAGAAGGUCCUGCCAAAGAAGCCCAGAAGAUGCCACCUACCUCUAGCGUCAACGUUAACAUGACUGAACGACAUGGAAAUGUUUUUUUCUCACCCAAGGACAAAGUUUCCAUCUCAAAGCUUGAAAAGGAAUUUGGCGGUCGGGGGAAGUCCGCGGCAGUUCAGAGGGAGACCGGAACCUCAGAAAUCAAAUCCUCGAAGCCUCUGAAAAGUCGUGAGGUUGCCAGACCAGGCCAUAAAAAAGCCCGCAUGGCGCGGACACGCUCAGACUUCCUGACCCGCGGUUCAAAUCCUCCAGGGGAGGGGGAGUCAGACGAGGAAGAGUACGAUGAGACCCCUCUGUCUCUUGGCCCACCCCUCCCCAAGCAGGACUCAGAGGGGGGGACACUAGACGCAUGUCACAGUGACUCAGAAAUGCCAUUCACAUCCAGGGAAGAGCAAAAGCGGAUGAUGCAUAAAGCCAUGUCUUCUGGGGACCUCGGCAAGAGUGACUCCCUUCGAAAGACUUCACACGGAGAUGGAAGGGUUCGGGGCAAGAUGAAGUUUUGGGGAAAGACCAAGCAGGGAGAGAAGAAAUCAUCCAGAGACAGACUGCUGUAUCCCGGAGAAUCUCUAGACGGGGAUUAUCCUGAUACUGCAUUCCUCAUGGUUGAAGGGGAGUGCUUGUCCCCUCCUCACAGCCCUGACUCCAGCUCCCUGCCAGAGUUCAAGGAGAACAAGGAGCCCUCGCCCAAAAUUAAGCGGCGCCGCAGCGUGAAGAUCAGCAGCGUGACUCUAGAGCCCGCCCAGUGGCAGAACGACGCACUGCAGAUCCUUACAUGCGCCAAUGACUAUAGGAGUAUGAACGAGUUCCUCAUGAAGAAGAUCAGCGAUCUAGAUACCGAGGACAGUAAGAAAGACACGAUGGUGGAUGUUGUGUUUAAAAAAGCGCUGAAGGAAUUCCGCAUUAACAUUUUCAACUCCUAUUCCACCGCUUUGGCCAUGGAUGAUGGGAAGAGUAUCCGCUAUAAAGACCUGCACGCACUGUUUGAGCAGAUCCUGGAGAAGACCAUGCGUCAGGAGCAGAGAGACUGGAGCGAGUCGCCUGUUCGGGUUUGGGUGAACACCUUCAAAGUGUUCUUAGAUGAGUUCAUGACCGAGUACAAGCCACUGGACAGCAGCAUGAACAAGGUCAUCAAGCCAGAUCGAAAGAAGAGGAGGAAAAAGGACACUGACAUUGUGGAGGAGCACAAUGGCCACAUCUUCAAGUCCACUCAGUACAGCAUCCCUACUUACUGCGAGUUCUGCUCCUCCCUCAUCUGGAUGAUGGACAGAGCAUGUGUCUGCAAACUGUGCCGAUACGCUUGCCACAGAAAGUGCUGUCUGAAGACCAUCAGCAAGUGCAGCAAGAAGUAUGAUCCUGAGCUGUCAUCAAGGCAGUUUGGUGUGGACGUCUCCCGUUUGACCCACGACGACCGCUCUGUACCUCUGGUGGUCGAGAAACUCAUCAACUAUAUCGAGAUGCACGGCCUCUACACAGAAGGCAUCUACAGGAAAUCUGGCUCCACCAAUAAAAUCAAGGAACUGAAACAGGGUCUGGACACAGAUGUGAGCAGUACAAACUUGGACGACUACAACAUCCAUGUCAUCGCCAGCGUUUUCAAGCAGUGGCUGCGCGAUUUGCCCAAUCCCCUUAUGACCUUUGAACUGUAUGAGGAAUUCCUAAGAGCCAUGGGCCUUCAAGACAGAAAGGAGGUGGUACGAGGGGUGUACUCUGUGAUCGAUCAGCUCAGCAGAACUCACCUGAACACUCUGGAAAGGCUCAUCUUCCACUUGGUCAGGAUUGUUCUGCAAGAAGAGACCAACCGGAUGUCCGCCAACGCACUGGCCAUCGUCUUUGCUCCUUGUAUCCUGCGCUGCCCCGACACCAUCGACCCCCUGCAGAGUGUUCAGGACAUCAGCAAAACCACAGCAUGUGUAGAACUGAUCAUUUGUGAGCAGAUGAACAAGUACAGAGCCCGGUUAAAGGACAUCAGCACAUUGGAGUUCGCUGAGAGUAAAGCGAAGAGCCGGCUGACGUUCAUUCGCAGGUCCAUGGGUAAGGGACGACCACGUAAGCUCAGCUAUCACUCACCAUCUCCUCCGGUGAGUCCUCACUCUCCCUCUGCCCCCGAGAUUACAGAGGAGAGCGGAGACGAGGACACCGUCCGAGACGCCGAGGUGACGGAGCAGCAGCACGUCGCCAUGCAGCAAGAAGAAAGAGUGCUGACCGAAGAGCUGGAGAACCUGCAGAAAGAGAAAGAGGAGCUGACGUACGAGAUGCUGUCCCUGGAGCCUCGAGCAUCUGACGACGAGACUUUGGAGUCUGAGGCAUCUAUAGGGACUGCCGACAGCUCCGAGAACCUGAACGUCGACUCUGAAGGCACCAUCUCUGAUUUCUCAGAAAAAGGCCCCACGUUAGCUGCCACCCGUCCAAAGAAACCCCAGGGGAAAAGCAGGCGGACACUACGGAGACAACCUGACUCCCUUGACUCCGUAGACUCCAGCUCCACCGUCUCCUCCAUCUCCUCGUCCAACCCGCAGCCUCUACCUCCGUCCCGCCGCUUCCGGCCCCGAUCCAAAUUGCCUCCGUCCAGCCAGAACGCAGCCGAGCAGGACAGCGACGAGAGGCCCAUCUUCAGCAGCCGAGCCACUUUCAGCCCUGAGAAAAGCAAGCUACGUGACACCAAGUACUCUCCCCAGAGACCCCCAGAAGACCAGGGGCACAACAGAGACCCGGACCUUCAGGCACAACAGCUAGUGUUAUAUGGCGCCAACGAGUUCAUGGUGUGAAGUAGCUGCUCGUCUUCCCUCGUUAGCUCGUUCUUCAGCUCCCCCGGCUACGUCCUCUGCGCCAGCAGAACGCUCCCUAAGUGCCAUAGACAUAAAGAGGCAGAAGAAGCGCAUUGGAGAAACUCUGCUGGAAAAAAAAGGGUCAGAUCCCAGACUGAUCUUUUCUGUUUUUGAGUCGCAGAUUAGAUAUGAGCAUAGUCAGAAAGAUGACGGGGAAAGAUAACGUGAUCGGGAAAAAACAACAGUUGAUCGCUCGGCUGCAGGCGGCUUUCCUCAGCCAGGAGACAAGGCCAUUCAUAGUGCAGACUCCAUGAACCCAAGCUAAACCAUUGGCUGCUUUUGAAGUUUACACUUUAUAACCAUGUUAAGCAGCGUGCUCUGCUCUAUAAUUAUGUGUAUGUAUUUCACUCCCCGACCUAUUUAAUAAAUUUUAACUAUAUAUAUAUAUAUAUAUAUAUAUAUAUAUAUAUAUAUAUAUAUAUAUAUAUAUAUAUAUAUAUAUAUAUAUAUAUAUAUAUAUAUAUAAAAAUAUAAAAUCUCUCUAUAAAUAUAUUAUGUGACAUAAAAUGUACAAAGCUGGAACACCAGUGAUUUUCUGGGUUGUUAAAUUCUUAUAUUUAUCUAUCUUUUUGCCUGUUCUGAACACUUUGGAAAGUGAUGUGAAACGAGGGAGUGUGAGGGAGUGUGAGGGAGUGUAUAAUUGUGAAAACCACUUUUUGAAGUUUUUUGCUGCUUUUAUUUUUGAUUGGACGGGAAUCUCUGCUACGAAGGGACCAAGCCAGCUGGUGUUGCAAUGCCAGAGGAUCCCAGCUGAAUGAAGACUGUUUUUAAAAAAAAAAAAAAAAAAGAAUCACUGUAUCAGUAACUGAACAGCCAUCCAUCCCUUCUGUUAUCCUACCCUUUUACUUUUUUUUACAUCCGCGUCAUCUGAUUGUUGACUAAAGCGUUUAGUACAUGCCAAAAACAGACAGCACGUGACUUCUGCUCAGAUCUCUGAUCACGUGUCUGAAGUUGCCUGUGCAGCGUUUGUCGAAGCCGGCCAGUACUCUCACACACGCUGUUCUCUCUCGUUAGCCCACACCGUUUAGUCCCCUACAUGAAGACAAACUUAUGCUCGUCCUAGUAUGCACCAUACACACCAUUCUCUAUCGUUUAAUGAAGCAGGUUUUCCUGUUUGUUUGUUUUUUUAGAUUAAAUAUUUGCAGUAUUGUCCUUGAAGAAUCUGCUGUCUAUCAAAUGUCAGCUGUAAAAUUCUGAUUACAAUCUGUUACCGUGUAACUAUCGUAUUAUAAACAUGAUACAACUCGAUGGAAGGAAGUCCAUGCAAUCUAAGGUGUUGUCUGCUAAACCCCACUGGCAGAGAAACAUCUCCUCAUUGUGCUUGUUUUUUUUCCCCCUCACCCACCGGAACAUUUUUCACAGUUUGGUAUUUAACGUUGUGGUAUUCAGGCAAAAGGCCCGUGUGUGUGUGUGCGUGCGCGUGCGUGCGUGCAUGUGUGCGAGUGUGUGUGUGUGUAUAAAGUGCAUUUAAAGAUCUGUUUCUUACUGCACCAGGAAAAUGAUGUCGGUGUUUGUAAGAGACUUGUCCCCAGCUCAUUAAAAUGAAAGCUGUAAAAGGUC